CUAACUUCAUGUCAGUGUCAGUGCGUGCAUUUGUUUAUAGUUUAUUUUAAUAGUUUUCUCUGCAAUAUUUUGCAGUAAAUAUUGUGAAAGGUAAAGAAAUACAAAACUUUUCUUAUAAAUCAAUGUACUAAUGAGCGGUGAGUCGAACGAUGUGAGAGAAGUGAGAUUCCUAAAUAAACAAGGGCUAACCUAAAACUCUGAUUUGAGGAAAACAACCAUUUUGGAAUAGGCUCAACUUCAGUAGAUGCAUUAGACAACAAAGCGUAGAACAUGGCUGACGUUCGUGAAAUCCUCGAACUUGAGGUUCCAAGUCAAGCAGAAACAGUUACCAAAGAAGCUAUCCUCGGAAAUGCAGAGAAACAGAAGAAGAAGCUGCUUUUGCAGCAAAAAAUGCCGAAGAGACCAGAGGGAAUGCAUCGAGAAGUGUUUGCUCUUUUGUAUAACGACAAUAAAGAUGCGCCACCUCUUUUCCCCACUGAUACAGGCCAAGGCUACAAACAGCUAAAAGCUAAGCUGGGUAUGAGAAAAGUUCGACCUUGGAAGUGGAUGCCCUUCACUAAUCCGGCCAGAAAAGAUGGAGCUGUGUUUUACCACUGGCGAAGAGUCGCUGAUGAAGGAAAAGAGUAUCCAUUUGCAAAGUUUAAUAAGCAAGCUCCAAUACCUUCGUACUCGGACGCUCAAUACCAGCAACACUUGCAGUCGGAGUCGUGGAGUCGCGCGGAGACCGACCAUCUGUUUGACCUGGCGCGACGCUUUGACCUCAGAUUCGGCGUGAUGCGAGACCGCUGGGACUCUGCGCGGUUUCCUGACCGCACCAUUGAGGAUUUGAAGGAACGCUACUACAACGUGUGCACUUUGCUCACUAAGAUUAAAGGUGUGACAGAGGGAAAACUUUACGUUUUCGACGCAGAUCAUGAGCGGAGACGGAAGGAGCAGUUGAAGCGGCUUUACGAGAGAACGCCAGAACAGGUCGAGGAAGAACAGAAUCUCCUGAACGAGCUGAGGAAGAUCGAGGCGAGGAAGAAGGAGAGGGACAAGAAAGCGCAGGAUCUGCAGAAGCUGAUAACUGCGGCUGAUAACCAAGGGGAUCAGCGGAAAAUGGAGAGGAAGAUUCCGCGGAAGAAGCUGCAGCAAGCUCGACCACGUGUGGACACUACCAUUGUGGAGACUGCAGGUAUCAAGUUCCCUGAUAUGAAGACCAGUGGGGUGUUUGUCCGCUCACAGAAGAUGAAGCUACCAGCAAACGUGGGACAGAAGAAAAUGAAGGCUAUUGAACAAAUGUUGCAAGACCUCAAUAUCGAACUGAAUCCAAUGCCAACUGAAAACAUUUGCCAUCACUUCAAUGAGUUGAGGAGUGACUUGGUGUUGUUGUACGAGCUCAAAUCGGCUCUUGCAACUUGCGAGUUUGAGCUGCAAACUCUACGACAUCGCUACGAGGCGUUCAACCCUGGCAAGACCCUAGUGAUUCCUCCGUCUCUAUUUGGGGAGUCGCAGAACAAUCCAUUGGAAAGUUCCCGCAAAGCGUUGAGCUCGGAGACCAUCGAUGUCGUCGGGUCUCCCAAUAUUUCAUCAAGCUUUCGCCUAUCUUCUCUGGAAUAGAAUUUUUUAAUUGGAUAUUUUUGUUUAGUAUAAGUCUAAGUAAUGUCUAAGUUGAAUUUAAAAAAAUUAAACCAAGU